AUGUCAGCAAAGGCGGCGAAGAUCCUAGGGCUGCCGUGCGGUGUAAAGUUCAGCCCCGAUGACGAGGAGGUCGUGGAGUUCUACCUGCUGCCGCGCGCCCGCGGCCAGCCAGUCCUGUUCCCCGCCGUCAUCGUCGAUGACGACACGGCGGCCAGCACGCUUCCCUGGAAGCUCUUCGAGCGCCACCACCUGGCCGACGACGACGAGGCCUACUUCUGCGUCCGCACCAGCGACACCAAGGAAGGAGCCCGCCAGGAUCGCAGCUGCGACGGCGGGGGGACGUGGAAAGGACAGAGGCGCAUCCCCUACGAAUUGUGUGUCGGCGGUGAGAAGAUCAAAUGGAGCAAGUACAACCUUACCCUGCGCAUGGGCGGCGGCAGCACUGGGUGGGUGAUGCACGAGUACACCAUCACCAAGCCGCCCUGCCUGUCCCUCAGGAUCUGCCACGUCUCCUUCACCGGCCACGGCCAGAAGCGCAAGCGCAUGCCGGACGACGACGACUGCCAAGGUGAAUCCUCGCCUCAGCGCUCGCGCGUCGAUCCAGCCGCCGACAGUGGUUCCGCAAUUUCUUGUCCUGGGACGACGACGACGACAUUCGAUGAAGGUUACGGCGCGGCACGCGCUUCUGCGGACCAAGAAUCCCCACAGCUUGUUCUUACCGACCAAGAACCCGCGCAACUUGUUUUUACUGACGAAGACAUCGCGCUGUUUGGUGGUUUCCUUGAAGCCGAUGAAGAGACCUACUUGGAGUUCGAGGAGGAAGUGUCAUCUACACAGGAGCAGGUCGAUCACGUCCUGAUGCCGCCGCCGAUGGUCCAAGAAUCUAGCACGGCGGAGCACCUGUAUGGAGGAGACGAAGACCAGCAGAAGUUUUGGGGCUCGUUAGCGGUUGAUCUCCAGAGCAUCUGA